AGUCGGGUGAAAACAUGCGGGAACUGAUGGGCAGCAGCUGGAAGAAGUUUGGCCACGCUGGCAGGGGGACAUACGAGUGGUUAACCAGUGAACCGAGCCUACCUCUUCCGGAAACCCACCUGCAGGGCACCCAGAAGAUAAGUUCCACCAAGGAAGAUGUGGAGCCCUUCCUGUGCAUCCUUCUUCCAGCCACUGUCCUGCUCUUCCUGGCCUUUUUGCUGCUUUUCCUGCAUCGCCACUGCCAGGCCUCUCGGCCCCAGGGGCAGGUUUCCAGCCUCGACCUUCCAGAGCACCCGCCUGCAGGAGAGGUGACCGACUUCCUGCCAGGCUUACUCUGGAGCAGCGAGCAGACCUUCCCUUACUCCCCACUGCCCGGGGAGGUAGCCCUUCUCUCAUGUUCACCACCCUCCUAUGAAGAGGCCACCAGGAACGCCCCUGGAGCAGAGGCUGGAUGCGGGCCUUCAGUAUAA